AUGGCGAGUGCCAUAGCCAUGUCGCAGAGAGACGGGCGAGGACACCGGGUAUCCAAGCCGCCUGCAUACCUGCGGCAGGCUUACCACCUCACAAUGUCUACUCGACGUGGGCCUAAUAAGAGCUCUAAGACGGCGCCAACCGUUGUCCGCGCUGGAAAAGGCGGUGCAUCAACGCACUCUACGCGGGCAUCUUCUGGGCGGCUCGUGGCGGGUGAGACGGCGCCAUCUGCUAGCGGGAGUGGGGAUGCAGCCGCAGAGUCGCAGUCUUCCCAGCAGCCAUCGCAACCCGCUGAGGCGCCGAGGUCGAGGCGCGUCGAGGAUGUUGCGAACGAUACGCAAGCUACCACUGGUGGAGCGAAUGCGGGCAGUUCGCGCUCGGUGGUGUCGAACGACGAUCCCUCGAAAAUGCUUCCGGAGAUGCCGCGUAACUACAAUGCUGAUGUGGGAACGCGCCUUUACCGUGACGACGACAACACACCCGUAUCCCGCGAGGAGUUCAAUCGCAUUGUUCGUGCGCACGAGGAAACCCUUGCAACGUUGGCUCAACUGGAGACCGUCCUGCUUGCAAAGAUUGAGCACGAGAAAUCCCAGGAGAAGGCUCGUAAGCGGAAGCGGGGACGAGUCAAAGAGACGCGCGACGCAGGCGAGUCAGAACCGAGUGACCUCGCGCUAUCCGACGACGAUGACUACGACCGGGCACCUUAG